GUUGAACCCGCCAUCCCCUUCCACUGUCUUUCUAUGUGUGACCGGAUCCUGAUUGAAAUCAGCUGUCGCUCCAGCGCUUCGCAUUUCCGCUUCUCAUUAUAGUCUAGUACCGUAGUAGGAAGCAAGAAAGACACAACAAAGUCAUUCUAAAGGCGACCAACAACCAACCUAAGCCAGUGGUAUCUGUUCACAAUCACAGCAUAAUACCCCACUAAACCGAAGAGAGCCUCCCACAGACGUUUAUCAUGGAUAACCACAAGAAGACGACACCGAAGCAAGCUGACCUUAGCACCGACACUGAUGGUCCUACAUUCCUGAUGAAGAUUGUGGAUCAACGGGCUCGGAUGUUUCGGUAUGAUCUUUCCUCUGCAGCUGGAGCAGAAGCCAACCAUGAUGGGGAAACCCAAGAAGGCACAGGACAGGCUGCCGGAGGUCAUCAAGCUCCACCACCACCAGCUUUGUCAUCCCACCAGAGGACCAUCCGGGGAGAACCAACAGCUCCAGGAGCUUUCAGUGUGGCUCCUGGCCAACAGGCUGUGCGCCGUCCCCUGUGGAGCACCACUAGUAGCUCUGGGUCCGUGACAACGGAUCAUGAUGACGAUGAAGAAUCACUGUACUUCUCCACUGCCUCCCAUCGGACCAAUGAGUCUACCGGUAUUAGUAAUGAUACUGCUGCUGUGACACCCCUCCCAGCAACCUUGGUGACCGACACUUCCACCACUCAUCAUCCAAAACCGAAAACAAAACCACCAAUAGUGCGAUCGUCUAUUCCUCCCAGUCCCGAAGUCAAGGUAGAAGUGCUACCAAAUAGACGCCCUGACAAGAUUCUCCUCUUUCUCCUCUGUGUCAUUUUGGUGGCAGCUGUUCCCAUCAUAUUAUGGAAGCUCAUUGAUUCUCUGACUGAUACCACCAACCACACGAGCUCCUCUUUCAGUGUAUCCAACAAAAUGUCAAGGCUGGAGCGCAUCAAAGAGCGCGGAGCUCUGCGAUGCGCCUAUAGGCCCAAUACGUGGGGACACUUCUUCACUGACCCAAACACGGGAGAAAUGACGGGAUUUGAUACAGCCCUGUGCGAAGCCGUGGCAGCAGCCAUUCUUGGACCAGACUAUCGUAUUGAGUAUGUGGAAUCCAAUACUGCUAGUCGUUUCCAUCAGCUUACCAAUGACGAGUUUGAUAUUUACACUUUUGUCACUGCUCACACCAUGAGUCGAGAAAUCUAUGAAGUUGACACUCAGUUGGGCUUUGAGUUUACGGUUCCCUACAUGUACAAUCAAGUUCAAUUAGGCGGUGACACAUUUUUUAUAGAAAACUGUGUAGACCAAGGUUUUCGGCAUCUUGGGGACUGUGCCGGUCUCAAAGUGUGUGUCCCCGGCAAAGAAGGCAGUUUUGGUUAUUCUCUGGUGAGCGAGGUGUUGCCUGGACGAGCCUUAGUCUUGCCCAAUGACAAUACUACCUCGGGCGAUGUUGUCACUGAUUUGUACCAUGGAUUGCUGAAAGGUACUUGCAAUGUCAUCAUCUUUGACUCAUUUGUGGUUGCAGAACCACCUGUCAGACAAGCAGGGUAUCUUGGUUCCUACAAGGUUGCAGAAGCAGUACUGGCAUACAUACCCUACUCCAUAGUGACUGCCAGAGGUGAUCCUGUCUUCUCUGACCUGGUGAAUGCUGUGGUGCUGGCCCUGCAGACUGCAGAAGCCAGCAACAUUACCCAACAAAGAGCUCAUGAGUUGAUGCCCCAAGUCAGUUGGUUCGGAGAUGAGCACAAAGACAUCCUUCGAAAUGCUAUUGCAGCAGGAGGCAACUUUGGGGAGAUUUACAGCAGGCACUUGAAGGGCUACAUUUCAAGAGGGUCCAUGAAUGACAUUAAUGAUGGAUCCAGUGGACUGCUGUAUCCUCUCCCAUUCAAACUAGUGGAAAAUCAGCAGGUUAGCAGGUCUUUGGGACCAGCUCUUACUGCGAUUUUGAAUCGUGGAUAUUUGAGGUGUGGUGUCCAGUUGGAUAGACCAGGGUUUGCUAUGCAAGACAGCUACAAGAGCAACAACACAAACAGCCCAUUCACUGGCAUGGACAUUGAUUAUUGCAAGGCCAUUUCAGCUAGCCUUUUUGAGGGUGCUGCAGAAUCCAUCAAUUUUAUGGCUCUUGACAGCUUCUCACAAGGAUUUAAGCUGUUGGCCCAAGGCCAAGUUGAUGUCAUCACAGGAGCUGCCUGGACCCUAGAAAAUGACUUCCAGGAACCCACUACUGGCCUUGGCUUCAGCUUCUCACAGCCCUAUUUCUACCAGGACGACGGAGAAAAUGUUGCUUUGGCAACUAUGCAGGAUGAUCCAGAGUGGGCAGCUUUGGUUUAUUGGAUUGUUGAAGCCACAUUCUAUGCAGAACAGAAGUCCAUCUUUAGCUCCAACUCAAGCUUGAUGCCUGAAGUAAAUCUCUUUGGAUCGGACAUGAAACGUAUCCUUAGAGAUGCCAUUCUUAUGGUUGGAUCGUACUCUGAGAUGUAUGAGAGAAACCUUGAGUCAACUGUUGGUUCCAGAUCAAAGCAAAACAUGCUGAACAAAGAAGGUGGUCCUCAGUUUUAUGUGCCAAGAGGUUUGCUGUGAAGACCCAAGAACGCUAACAUCACCCAUGAAAUGGCUACCUUACACAGUGCUCAGAAGAAUGCGGCGUUCCUUCUGAAUAGCUUCCGACCAGCCCACAAGUUGCAAGCCUGCAAGCAAGUUCCUUUCCAGAUUAGUACCAAUAGUUUGAAUUCAAUAGCUGUCCGGGGUAUCCAGUGUUCGUGGCGCAAUAGAAAUAGGUUUUAGCUUCU